UCCGCGGGGUGCGGAGCCCGCUGACGUCAGCCCGGGCUUCCCCACCCCCGGGGCUUCCCCACCCCCCCGGCCUUCCUGGGAGGGCUCUCCAGUCGAGGGAGCGUGAUGGUCGCCGCCGCCGGGACCUCCGGAGAAGAGAGGACUUAGGGUGGGAGCAGCGCAGGAAACCGCCUCUCCUUCGGCCUCCAUUUACAGAUGGGGAAACUGAGGCACGGGCCGCUGGCUAGCUCCCGACGGCCCAGUUUCCCCCUUUCCAGGGUGAAGAUGGUUUUACACAACAACCCGGAGUUCUUUAGUUGAAAGGUGCGCUCUAUUGAAGCAAGGCAUUUUGAUCUGCUGUCUUUUUACAGCAUGGACACCAAAUUGCUAAAAACAUGCUUUGGGACUGCCAGUGAAUUUAUCUUUUGUGGUUUUAUUACACACUUAGUAGUUCCCUUUUUUUUGAGUUAAUAUUUUGGAGUUAAUAUCACAAUGAGUUCGGGCUUAUGGAGCCAAGAAAAAGUUACUUCACCCUACUGGGAAGAGCGGAGUUUUUAUUUGCUUCUUCAAGAAUGCAGUGUUACAGACAAACAAACACAAAAGCUCCUUAAAGUACCAAAAGGGAGUAUAGGACAGUGUAUCCAAGACCGUGCUGUGGGGCAUUCGAGAAUUCCUUCCUCAAAAGGCAAGAAAAAUCAGAUUGGAUUAAAAAUUCUAGAGCAACCACAUGCAGUUCUGUUUGUUGAUGAAAAGGAUGUUGUAGAAAUAAACGAAAAAUUCACAGAGUUACUUUUGGCAAUUACCAAUUGUGAAGAGAGGUUCAGCCUGUUUAAAAACAGAAACAGACUAAGUAAAGGCCUCCAAAUAGAUGUGGGCUGCCAUGUGAAAGUCCAGCUGAGAUCUGGGGAAGAAAAAUUUCCUGGAGUUGUACGCUUCAGAGGACCCUUAUUAGCAGAGAGGACAGUAUCGGGAAUAUUCUUUGGAGUAGAAUUACUGGAAGAAGGUCGUGGCCAAGGUUUCACUGAUGGGAUAUAUCAAGGGAAGCAACUUUUUCAGUGUGAUGAAGAUUGUGGAGUAUUUGUUGCGUUGGACAAAAUAGAAAUCAUAGAAGAUGAUGAAACUGGAUUGGAAAGUGAUUAUGCAGGUCCAGUGGACACAAUGCAGGUUGAACUUCCCCCUCUGGAAAUAAACUCCAGAGUUUCUCUGAAGAUUGGAGAAACUAUAGAAUCUGGAACGGUUAUAUUCUGUGAUGUUUUGCCGGGCAAAGAAAGCUUAGGAUAUUUUGUUGGUGUGGACAUGGAUAACCCUAUUGGCAACUGGGAUGGAAGAUUCGAUGGAGUACAGCUUUGUAGUUUUGCAAGUGUUGAAAGUACGAUCCUCUUGCAUAUCAAUGAUAUCAUCCCAGAUAGCGUGACACAGGAAAGGAGGCCUCCCAAACUUGCCUUUAUGUCAAGAGGUGUUGUGGACAAAGGUUCAUCCAGUCAUAAUAAACCAAAGGUUACGGGAUCUACCUCAGACCCUGGAAAUAGAAGCAGAUCUGAAUUAUUUUAUACCUUAAAUGGGUCUUCUGUUGACUCACAACCACAAUCCAAAUCAAAAAAUUCAUGGUACAUUGAUGAAGUUGCUGAAGACCCUGCAAAAUCGCUUACUGAGAUACCUUCCGACUUUGGACAUGCUUCACCACCACUGCAGCCUCCUUCCAUGAACUCACUCUCCAGCGAGAACAGAUUUCACUCUUUACCGUUUAGUCUGACAAAGAUGUCCAAUACCAAUGGAAGUAUUGGCCACAGUCCGCUUUCUCUGUCAGUGCAGUCUGUGAUGGGAGAGCUGAACAAUGCUCCCGUGCAGGAGAGUCCACCCUUGGCCGUGUCUUCUGGUAACUCACAUGGCCUGGAAGUAGGCUCACUGGCAGAGGUUAAAGAGAAUCCUCCUUUCUAUGGGGUGAUCCGUUGGAUUGGGCAGCCACCAGGACUCAACGAAGUACUGGCUGGACUCGAACUGGAAGAUGAAUGUGCAGGCUGUACAGACGGAACCUUUAGGGGCACUCGGUACUUCACUUGUGCCACGAAGAAGGCGCUGUUUGUUAAACUGAAAUGCUGCAGGCCCGACUCGAGGUUUGCUUCCCUGCAGCCAGUUUCCAACCAGAUCGAACGCUGUAACUCUUUAGCAUUUGGAGGCUACUUAAGUGAAGUAGUAGAAGAAAAUACUCCACCGAAAAUGGAAAAAGAAGGUUUAGAGAUAAUGAUUGGAAAGAAGAAAGGUAUCCAGGGUCAUUACAAUUCUUGUUACUUAGACUCAACCUUAUUCUGCUUGUUUGCUUUUAGUUCUGUUCUGGACACUGUGUUACUUAGACCCAAAGAAAAGAAUGACGUAGAAUAUUAUAGUGAAACUCAAGAGCUACUGAGGACAGAAAUCGUUAAUCCUCUGAGAAUAUAUGGAUAUGUAUGUGCAACAAAGAUUAUGAAACUGAGGAAAAUACUUGAAAAAGUUGAGGCUGCAUCAGGAUUUACCUCUGAAGAAAAAGAUCCUGAAGAAUUCUUGAAUAUCCUAUUUCAUCAUAUUUUAAGGGUAGAACCAUUGUUAAAAAUAAGAUCAGCAGGUCAAAAAGUACAAGAUUGUUACUUCUAUCAAAUUUUUAUGGAAAAAAAUGAGAAAGUUGGAGUUCCGACAAUUCAGCAAUUGUUAGAAUGGUCUUUUAUCAACAGUAACCUGAAAUUUGCAGAGGCACCAUCAUGUCUGAUUAUUCAGAUGCCUCGAUUUGGAAAAGACUUUAAACUAUUUAAAAAAAUUUUUCCUUCUCUGGAAUUAAAUAUAACAGAUUUACUUGAAGACACCCCGAGGCAGUGCCGGAUCUGCGGAGGGCUCGCUGUGUACGAGUGUAGAGAAUGCUAUGACGACCCUGACAUCUCCGCUGGAAAAAUCAAGCAGUUCUGUAAAACCUGCAACACUCAAGUCCACCUGCAUCCCAAGAGGUUGAAUCAUAAAUACAACCCAGUGUCACUUCCCAAAGACUUACCGGACUGGGACUGGAGACACGGCUGCAUCCCCUGCCAGAAGAUGGAGUUAUUUGCUGUUCUGUGCAUAGAAACAAGCCACUAUGUCGCUUUUGUGAAGUAUGGGAAAGACGACUCGGCCUGGCUCUUCUUUGACAGCAUGGCUGAUCGGGAUGGUGGUCAGAAUGGCUUCAACAUUCCUCAAGUUACCCCGUGCCCUGAAGUAGUAGAGUACUUGAAAAUGUCUCUGGAAGAUCUGCAUUCCUUGGACCCCAGAAGCAUCCAGGGCUGUGCACGAAGACUUCUUUGUGAUGCAUACAUGUGCAUGUACCAGAGUCCAACGAUGAGUCUGUACAAAUAAACGGGGCCAUCUGGACAGGUGCAGAAACUGAAUGCAAAGUUUUCAUGUUGCAUUUCACUCGAGCUGGCAGUUUUGUUCAACGUCCAUUGCCGGCAAUGGAUGUCUUUUUGGUGAUGAUCCUUCAGAAAAGGAUUCUUGAGUUUAAAAACAAAUUGCUUUUAUGUUACCGAAGUAUUUAAUAAGACGCAUUUUGCACUCUAGAAAGUAUGUUUGUGUUGGUUUUCUAAGAAGUCUAAAUGAAGUUAUUAAUACCUGAAGCUUUAAGUUAAGUGCAUUGAUCAUAUGAUAUUUUUGGAAGCAUAAAGUUUUAAUUGUGACAGUUUAAAACCUCUUUUAGUCCAUUGAGAAUGUAAAUAAAUAUGUCUUCUUUAUGGACCAAGAAAUCAUUUUUCCUUUGUAGCUAACGGUUGCCUUGAGGAGGAGACAUUUUGGUUUUAUUAAGAGUCUACUUUCAAUCCAGUUAUUAAAAUUGUACUGAGUUUGAUUUGUUAAUUCUUUCCUAUAUAGUGCUGAUUCCUGCAUGUCUGCAAUCUGCUGAAGUUCUGUGUUUCUGCAGUAGUGGUCAGAAAAGUACUCAGAUUCCCUUACUGGUGUUUUCUACUUGUUCUGGUUUUGAGAUAAAUGAGUGAUUUUGUCAUAAAAGUCCAUGUUGAUGUAAUUUUCCUGGGGGACUAGAGCAUACAGCUCUUCAUUCAUAGUAGUAACUGUCAGCUAACAGUUUUUUUUUUUAAAGACUCUAUUUUAUGCAAUGAGGUACAGUAAAUUUUACUAAAAUAUUGGCGUGAUAAAUAUAUUAUCAAACAUAUCAAACAUAAAUAAUAUAUUAUGCAAACGUGAACAUUAAUUUGGCAUAUAGGAUUACUCACUGAAAUUUCCCUGAAGAGAUGUAUUGGAUAUCUAAACUUCUACUAUUUUAUGUAGGAUUGUUCAGAACUUACAUUUGAUCAAUCAGUCCCCUCACUAAAUUCAUUUUGAUUUCCCUUGAGGUAAUGACAGUUACGAAUCAGAUAUUUUAAUGAACGUUAGCAGCAGCUUCGCCCUCCUUCUGAUUAAAUAAGUAGAAAAUGAGUGUUUUCUUAGCUCCUGUCCGUAGUGUGUGUCCAGCUCACCAGUGGCCGCUGUAGACUAGAAGCGUAGGUUAUAAAUGUCAGUGCUGUGGAAUGUGUUGUGUGUGGCGUUGUUGUCUCUCUGGAAUGACUUCCUAACCAUGCAGAAAGACAGAAAUUGUCAUAUGUGUAUAGCAUAUGACUUCAUAAAACAUUGAAUGUCAAAAAAAAAAAAGGGAAAGAAUCUUCAUAAACCCUGCAGUUAUUUUUUUAAAGUCAUGUUUACCCUUUGAUUGUCAUUCCAUUUUGCUAAUAUUUAUUAGCUUUAUAAAUCAUAGUAAGAUACAAAAAUUCUUUCAUCUUGUAAUUGUUUUCAUUUUUGAAAUGAAAAGAUACACAACUUUUGUAUGAGGUUUUGCUCAGUGCCUGGGUAGGGUGGUGAGACAGAUACUAGACCCCGGGGUCAAGGGUGAGAACCUGGGCUGUGGGGCUGGCCCUGCCCCUUCUCCGGGGCAAGUGAGGGGCGUGGGAUGCAUGAUCCUGGGUCAUUUCUAGCCCUGACCUUCUACCAGUCCAGUCACUCCUUCAUAAAUAUGUGUAAACGGGUGAAGGAGCUUAUCCAUGUGGUGGUAAAAGACCAUCUGGACGAAUGAUUAGGAAUCUUCAUAUAGGUAAGACUCGAUUUAAAAAGUCUUUAAAAAGAAAGAGAAGACAGUUCCUUUUCUGUAAAAAUUAAAACAAAAAAGUUGAGGAAGGUCUGUCCUGUCUGGCCCCUCGUGACAGAAGACUUGAAGAAGACGUGUGUGGCUGCAUGCUCCUCUCACGUGGGCGUGGAGGCUCUUUCGAGCAGAGGGGCCUCAGCCACACAUGGUUUCUAAGGACAAUUUUUACAAGUAGAGCUUCCCAUCCUUUUAGUAUCACCUGGGGAGUGAGCACCCAGUAGAGGAUGCAGGGCCUGCUAUGGUGGUUCCUUUGGAGGCAGGGUCCUUCCCGGCCCUAGGUGCUCCCCCACCCCCACCCCCAGGCAGUCCUUCCUUGUUCCUGCUCCCGCAGAGCCCUGGGUGUCAGGUGGGCACAGGCAGGGCCGGGCUGUGUGACACCAGUGGCCCAUGUGCCUGUUGAUUUAUUUAAUUUUUAGCCUUAACUUAAAAAAAAAUAUUUUCCUGUUGGCUUUUUAAAUGUUUUGGUUAUCCUUUCUUCAUGUAUCCUAUCAUGUCUACAAUCAAGAUGGCAAUAUAGUAGAAUGAUCAUAAGACAAGUCAUGUUCUCCCACCGCCAUUAAAUAGACACAUGUGAGUGUGUCUGUCUGUGUGUGAGAGUUUAUAUUUAUGGGGCGUGGGGAGAGAAGAGCAACCAUGUCAUAAUGUGUUCAGUCCCUCACUAUCAGCUUUAUAAAGGAGUUGGACUCCAUCCACAAAAGAAUGUUUUAUGACUGGGAAUACCCGGGGGGAGGGUAUAACUCAGUGGCAGAGUGCAUGCCUUGCAUGCAUGAGGUUCUAGGUUCAACCCCCAGUACCUUGAUUAAGAAAAUACAUAAAUAAUAACCCCCCCCCCCAAAAAAAAGACUGGGAAUAUCCAUUGCAAUCCAAGAGAAACAGUAAUAAAACUCAAAAAAAUAUAGUGGUUACAAUUGCUAGAGAUUCUCUCCUUAGGCUAGAUUAGGAUUUUUAUAAUUCAUAUUUGCCAAAUGUUAUAGGUAAAUAGCUUCUUUCCAUCCUAUUGAUUCGUUUAUUUUUUCACAUGAUUCACAUAAUUCAGGCACAAGGGGAAGAUACGGUAGUUAAUCUCAUGGCACUUGCAUUGUUGCUCAGAUUCCUGUUGGGCGAACAUGGCGUCUUCACCAGUUCAGAGGCGUUACUGCCCUCCUCUGGUGGAUUUUGAUAGCCAGCUAGAUGAUUUCGCAUCUGCUUGGGUGAUCGUAGACAGAUGUGAGUGGGGAAUUCAGAAUUGGGCCUUAGCUGAGUGACUGCCUACCAGCAAGUAUUUCUCAGACACUUGUUACCUAGGACUGUGACCAAAGGAACAUGAGGCAUGGUCCCUGCCCUCAAGCAGCUUACCACCUGCUUCUGCCAACAGAGUAUCUCCUCAUGGUUGCUUAGCCUAUGUGUCAGGUGCCAGGUCCGGGGAUGCUCUGGGAGGCAGCGAGGUGUGACAGAGUGGUGGGCCAGGGGACAAGGGCCUGGGGUCUAGCCCUUUCUCCAUCGCUUGCUCUGUUAGUUUUGGGCAACAUCUUGACUUCUUUGGACCUUAGUGUCCUCCACUAUAUAGCAAAGGGUGGGAAUAUCGAAUUUCAUAGGACAAAAUACAAAUUUCUGGGUUCCCAGCCAUGCAUGCCUGCUGGAUGAGAUUCUUCAGGAAUGGGGUCUAGGAAGUGCCAGAAGCUCCGCCAGGUGAACCUGGCCCUCAGCCAGACUUGAAAAGCCCUGAACUAAAAGAUCUGGAAAACUUUCUCUUCAUGUGACUGUGUGAUUGCACAAGGUUAUUGUGUUAAUGACUCUGCAUACAUGUGGGUAAUUGUAUGUUUCUCAUAUUGUGUCUCUGUGUUUGCACGUGAAUUUCUGUCAGAAAUGAGUUUUAGUAUCGAUGCCUCACGCCGCUGUUUCCUGUCUUGGGAACACACUUAAGAGGAUAUUGGAUGUUAUUUACUUGGACAUUUGCCAUUCGUUUAAUUUCUUUAGGGGAAAUUGAGGCUCUGGGAACCAAAGAAAUGGAAAAACAAAAUUGUCACGCGAAAGAAAAAAUGUAAACUAUCUGCUACUUUAUGAUGAAAAUGUUAACCUUCUAUGAGAAGAUUCUUCUCUGGGGUAAUAGGUCCUCUUGUCAUAAAGUAAAAUGUCCUUGUUAAAGUAGGGGGGCUGUAAGGCUUAUAAUGAAAAAUGAGACCACCUUCUUGAGGAGAUGUUAACAACACGCUCACCAUUCUCCCUCAAAGAAAAUAAUACUUGAAUUCCCCAAGGCAAGUGGGGGUGGUGGGGGAGAGUGUGGCACAGCGGAAGCGUGCAGGAGAGCGGGCGGGGGGAGGGAGGGCCGGCCUGAGAGCUGGUUCUCUGUGCCUCCUGGGGUGGCGUGGCUGCUCAGGGGCUGGGGCUUCAGAGAGUGGGGCUGCCUGCGGGGGGUCAGCUUUGUGUUGUCUGGUUUCCUUUCUGAACUUCUGUUGGAAAGCAAAAGAGGAAAAAAAGACUCUUCAUCUUACUCUAAAAUCCUGGAAUAGCUGAAGGGUCUCUCUUGAGUCAGAAAGCAGUGGUAAAGAGCUAACCAGCAAACAUGGGCAAAGAAAAGGGGAAAAAAUGGUAAAGAAAGACUUUCCUUCCUCUGGGCGCAGUAAACGUCAGUAUUUGGAGCAGGUCACUCAAGAACCUCAUUUGCUUUCCUGACCCUCUGUCUUGUCAGUGAUGCUGUUUUUGUUUCACUGUAUUUUAACGUCAUCCUGUAACACAGGUCAGGGGCAGGCCAGGUCCGGAGGGAUUGUUCUUUGGAGCACACAGCUUCACAUGUGAUUCUCUUGCACUUUUAAACCCCGUCCACUUGUGUUUUUUUGAGAGAGACUGUAUUGGGGACUCAACUGUCCUUGGUUUCAUUUUCUAAAAUGGCCUAUAGUACUCCUGAAAGUCUUAGCAUCCUGUCAUAAACAUUCAUUAAAAAAAAAAAUCCCGUUUGGAAAUUCCCAUGGAACAAGUAGGUCUGGGCAAAUUGGUAUAAAGGAGCACAUUUUGUAUCACAUUUCCCAUAUUUGGUAUCUUGUUCAACAUUUUUUUUUUUGGCCUGACAAACAUUCUAUAUUUAUGAAGACAUUCUUUAAAAAUAAAACCACAUAAAAUAUCCCUUUACUAUCAGAUUGCUCUGAUUUAGCCUUAAUUUUGUUAAAUUUUUUAGAGAUGAUUGAAGUGCUGCUGUGGAAAGAAAUGUACUAUAUAUACUAUUUCUGUAUCAUUAAAAUUAAAUUUUUAUGGUUCU